AUGGCCCGCAAUGGACGCCGAGAUAGAGCAGACUGUAAGCCAGUGCUCUCGAUGUUAGGAAGCCGCGAAACUCCCGGCAUGACAACCGCCUACGACAUGGCCCAAACCAGACAGCAUGGUCUCGAGUGCACAUCGAAUUCACCGGACCAAUCAACGGCAGAAGUGCUAAUGGGUCGGAAACUGCGAAUCGUCCAUGCAGCCGUGAUCCCGUCGGCUACUAGUGUUCAUCUGUUGUCAGUCCCCAAGUGUGCCUUCGCCAAUGGAUUCUGUGUCUACGCACGCGAUUACAGUGCUGAUUAUCCCUAUUUAGCGCAACCCACAAUAAUCAAAUGGCGUGGAUGCAUACUGUAUGACGUGAAGGUUGAGGGCGAGAAGUGGGCCCGACACCAAAAUCAACUCCGUCCCAGACACGAACAAAGCUCCAAGCACACUCCAAUGUCAAUUCCACUUCCACUGUACGUACUUAAUGAUACGUUCGCUCUUCCAGUACCCAAGUCAAUCGAACCACUGGAACCCAACCUGAAAGCGAGACGCUGGACCAACAGAGUUCGACGCUUUGUACGGCCUUUCCGAGUGAACCCAAAGGCCAAAUGGUAA